ACCCUUAUGUUCAUGUCGGUGUCUUUCUAUGUUCUAGACGCACAGACACGUUGUAGCGGUCAUGGCGUUGGCAGUGACUCGGACUUUCGGGCUCUUGCCCAGGCUUGGGUCGUGUGUUUGCAGAACGCGUCGAUUAAUAUUAAACAGGAUACACAGACGAAGUGUAGUAUCUUGCAUUGAUCCCAGCCUGGGUCUCACUGAUGAACAAAAGGAGUUUCAGAAAGUGGCCUUUGAUUUCGCUGCCAAUGAAAUGGCGCCACACAUGGCAGAAUGGGACGAAAAGGAAAUAUUUCCAGUGGACACCAUGAGGAGUGCUGCCCAGCUGGGUUUUGGGGGAAUCUACGUUCGGCCCGAUGUGGGCGGCUCGGGCCUGACUCGGCUCGACACCUCCGUCAUCUUUGAGGCCCUGUCCACGGGCUGCGUCAGCACGACCGCCUACAUGAGCAUUCACAACAUGUGUGCCUGGAUGAUCGAUACCUUCGGGAAUGACGAGCAGAGGCACAAGUACUGUCCUGCGCUGUGCACCAUGGAAAAAUUUGCUUCCUACUGCCUGACGGAGCCAGGCAGUGGAAGUGAUGCAGCUUCAUUACUGACAACAGCGAAACUGGAAGGUGAUCAUUAUAUCCUAAACGGCUCUAAGGCCUUCAUCAGCGGGGGCGGCGAUACGGACGUGUACGUGGUCAUGUGUCGGACUGGGGGGAAGGGAGCAAAGGGAAUAUCCUGCCUUGUGGUGGAGAAAGGAGCACCGGGACUCAGCUUUGGCAAAAAAGAAAAGAAGGUGGGGUGGAACUCCCAGCCCACCCGCGCGGUGAUCUUCGAGGACUGCGCGGUCCCCGUAGCCAGCCGGCUGGGGGAGGAAGGCCAGGGCUUCAACAUCGCCAUGAAGGGGCUGAAUGGGGGAAGGAUCAACAUCGCUUCCUGUUCGCUAGGGGCAGCCCACGCCUGUGUCUUCCUGGCCCGAGACCACCUCAGAGUGCGUAAGCAGUUUGGGGAACCACUCUCCAACAGCCAGUUCCUGCAGUUCAGGCUGGCAGAGAUGGCGACCAAGCUGGUGGCCUCGCGGCUCAUGGUGCGGCAGGCAGCGGCGGCCCUCCAGGAGGACCGGGAUGACGCCGUGUCCCUCUGCUCCAUGGCAAAGCUCUUUGCCACCGACGAGUGUUUCAGGAUUUGUAAUCAAGCACUACAGAUGCACGGAGGCUAUGGCUACCUCAAGGAUUAUGCGGUGCAGCAGUUCGUCCGGGACAUUAGAGUGCAUCAGAUAUUAGAAGGCACCAAUGAAGUGAUGCGUAUGAUUGUUUCAAGGAAUCUGUUGAUGGACCAAUAAACCUCUGUAGCUUGAGGACACUCCCAAGGUCAAAUCCAGCACGUCACCUUCAGAACUGAAAAAAUGGGCACCAUCUUUCAUAAUGCAACCUCAUGCCCUCUCCUGGGUUGUGAUACGUUUGUUUAUGAAAGAAAUUGGUAUUUUGUUUUGAUAGAUACCUCACCAUCUAAGGGUCUCUGUCUUCUUCUGCAAACAGUUUUUAUCAUUUAAUAUUUAAACAAAGCGGUUUUAGUUUUGUGUAUUUCAGGUCAAUACCCGACUUUAUCUCAGUAUCUCUAAUGCAGCAGAUCAUGAAUGACAAGCAGUUUGUUUUUGUUUUCUUCAUGUAUUAAUUGUGGGACAAAUUUACAAGGUAUUGCAUUAGAAGGAAAAAAACAGCUUGCUAUUUUGAAGGGAGCUUAACUCAUUGUAGGCUAAAUCAUUUUAAAAUAUCCAUGCAGCCUUAAGAUAAUGUUUUAAAGUUAACGCUCUCAAAAAUCGCUCAUGACCUUUGUGACAAAAUUACUUAUCUCCAGUAGACUCUUCAGGUUGUUAGAACACUUGCUCUGUCCAUGAUAACGGUGAAGUAUUUCUAUUUGACAGACAUACUGUACAAAGUGCUUCCUGUAAAGUAACAAGUUGUGAUAUAAGAAUGGUUUCACACUAAAAUAAAAUUUCUGAUUUCAAUCAA